GACGUCUGAAAUGGAAUGUGAAAGCAGGCUCAUCUGGAAGGUAUCUUCAUAUUUAAAGUUACGCUUCCAUCCGUCGCCGAGCCCUUCCCACAAGAUUAGCACGCCCAGCCCUGGAAAAAAAAGCCAAUUCCCGUAAACAGCACGUCGCCCCAUAUAUUCUGAGGCCCACGUCGGCCUUCUGUUCGUUUUCUUCCGUCCUUUCAAAACUGCUCUUAUUUCUGCCAGUAUUCCUACCAGAUUUCUGCCCCAAAUACAGCGGCAAACCCCGUCCCGCCUUCAAUUGAACGUACAUUCCGCUUGAUUCUUGCGAAUGAGCUCCUACCGAGCUCCUCAGUCCAGUGGCAUGACAGUCCCAGUCUGUUCGCAACCCGUGCUCGCCAGGGCCUCUGUUGGCAGAAAUCCGACUAUGAACAACUUGAGCGACAAGCAUACCCCGUUUGAGAAGCUGAGCUCGCCAGUAUCCCAAAAGCUGACCCUCGACGAGCUCGCGGCGAAGUCUGAGCAGCUGGCGUUGGCAAAAGGAAUCAGAGUCAGUUCCUCUCGUGGCACCCGCUCAAACACCACGGCUGUUGAGCAGCCGUUGUCUACGAGCCACCAACAACGGAGCCAUCCACAGCAAAAUGUGAGAAGCUACCAGCCGCCGCCGCCGCAGCAGCAGCAACAGCAGACGCCAUCGGUUCCGAGACAUCAGCAGCAUCCGGAUCAAACUCGAGUAGUCCCACCCCAAAUACGCGGAAACGUUCCUUCCUUCCAUUAUUGGAUGCCGGUCCCUGCGUUACUCCACGGAGCCAAGCUGCCGCCGGAUCAGCGCAAGUCACUCGAAGCAGCAUACGGCCGAGUUACCCCUCCAUUCCCUCAAAUGAUCCCAACGGCUCACUACCUGAUGUCUCGUCGGGUCUCGGCUCCAAAUUGCCUUACGGUUGCGCCACCCCCCGCGCGGGGUUCGGAGCUCCAGCCCAGGGACGGGAUGUACGCAACGAAUCCGCAGCAUGGACCUGUUCGCAUGGGGCGCCCGGUACAACGAUCCGCGCAGACUCACCAGGCCGCUGGAGGCUCAUACGGUAGAUACUCGACAUCGUAUCCCUACCCAAUGCAUAUGCCUUCCGCAAAGCAACAAGUGAGUCAGUACUCGGUGACUCAGUUUUCCGGUCCCCGGCUUCAGACGCUGUCCACCCCUGCUGCACCCGCAGCCGAGAACCCGAAUCUCCAGGCUUCUCGCCGGUUGUCGACUUUCAUCAAGAAGCCACAUGCGAAGGGCGGUUACGUUGCGUCGCAUCCAAUGGCGUCGCCGCCGACACCGGUACAUUCUACCACCGCAAGUCAUCAAAGGUCAAAGGACCAGUAUGCACAGGCAUAUCAAGCAGCAGCAACGCGCGCGCAACGUCCGGUGAAGACUGCUUCGCACCAGCCGCCUGCGCAUAAGACCAGCGCUCAAGCAACGACGCAGAAAUCGACGAUUAUCGAGACCAUCCCAUGUCCCAUCGAACGACUCGACGUGACCGAAACAGACGAGAAGUGGAGGAUAGACGCGCAGUUCUCGCCAAGGUUCGCUCGCGACGACAUUUUCGUCAUCGUUGUUGAAGGGCAAGAUUCCUCUCUCAGGCCGAAGAGCUCACGAGAACCAGCUCACAAGCCGAGUGAGGCGGUCUCCUCUUCGGUCGCGGCGGCGCCCAGUGAAGUGGCUAACCUUGCGAUAUAUAUGGAAGCGAUGCGGAUCGAGAAUCAGGCUGACGGCAAAAAGGAUGUAUACUCGUCACAGACUUCCGUGUCGUUAGGAACUGCUCCUGGCAUUGUUGGGUCGCUCGCGGUGAGCGAUGUCGUGAACGGUCGUCUAACGGUGACCGUUGAUAAAGCUGUACUGUGAGGGCUUCUGUUCCAUUGUGGGAUGUUCUCAUUAGCGGUUUUUUAUUCUUUUCAAUCAUGAUUAUUUGGGUGUGUUUCUUCAACAAGCCUUUCUUGAGUCGUUGUUUCGAUCUAUAUAACGGCUUCACUACGUGAUAAUAUACUUGUCCUCUA